GCACCAUUCUUCUCAGAACCACACUCAGCCAAGAGAGCCAGCAGCAGGGAGUGUAGUGAGAGUAGAGUGAGCGAGAAUGGGUGGCAAAGCCGCUCUCCUGGUGGCCCUCCUGGCCGUGAGCCUGGUCCUCGAGGCCCAGGCGGGCAGCGGCUACGGCGGCGGGCACCCCCCUUCCCCGACGCCGGUCGCCCCACCCCCCAAGCACGAGAAGCCACCCAAGGGGCACAAGCCCCUUCACCACCACCACCACGCCAAGCCACCGGCCGCUUCCCACGCUCAGGCGCCACCCACCCACGGCCCCCCGACGCCUAAACCUAUCCCUCCCGCCCCUAAACCCACACCACCCACCUACGCCCCGAUCCCGAAGCCGCCGAAGCCAUCUCCCUCGCCUCCGGCCUACCACCCUACGCCCAAGUCUGCACCUCCCACGUACAAACCACCAACCCAGCCUAGGCCCUCACCGCCGGCGCACAAGCCUGCACCUCCCAUGUACAAAACACCAACCCAGCCUAAGCCCUCGCCGCCGGCGUACAAGCCUGCCCCCAAGGUCUCACCGCCGGCCUACAAGCCUGCCCCCAAGGUCUCACCGCCGGCGUACAAGCCAGCCCCCAAGGUCUCACCGCCGGCGUACAAGCCAGCCCCCAAGGUCUCACCGCCGGCGUACAAGCCCGCCCCCAAGGUCUCACCGCCGGCGUACAAGCCCGCCCCCAAGGUCUCACCGCCGGCGUACAAGCCCGCCCCCAAGGUCUCACCGCCGGCGUACAAGCCUGUCCCCAAGCCCUCACCGCCGCCGUCGCCAACUCCGCCGGCGCCGAAGCCGACUCCACCGCCCUACAAGCCCCCGACGCCUACUCCUCCGGCGUACAAGCCUCCCACCCCGAGCCCCCCGCCUCCGCCGUACCACCACUAAGAAGAUCCACCACUGUCAAGCUGGGAGCCUAGGAUGCGGUCGAGAAGAGUUGUGCGAGCAGGCCAAGAAGAGCCACGUACGUACGGCGUCGUUGAUCCUCCUGCGGUGUGUGAGUUGCUGCCGAGCCACUAGGGCCGAUCUCUGAGGAGAUGAAAUAAUGCAGAUGGCUCCCAUUAGUUAUCUUACCAGCUUAUCAUUUGUGUUCGUCCAGUGUUAGCGUCUGUGUUGCUAGUGUCGCAAUGUUGCCAGUGUCACUGUAAAACCAUUAAUCACCACGGAAAUGGAAGUAAAAGGUGUUGUUUCCCGUUGCA